UUGACUCCACACAUGGCCGCGGCUAGCCGCUGAACGUUGUUCACAUAGCGUAGAAUUUCUUCUACUUCCAAAAUGCUUCGGUCCAUAACUUAUGCUGUAUGGCGAGGAACAAAUAACCCCCGAUGGCGGGUGAAAGCCCGGGCUGCUACAUCGUUAGCACAACGUCUUCACAGCUCUGAAGCCAGCACACAAGCAGCACCACAGGAUGAGGAUGCAGACACGCUGCAAGUGAGCGACGAGAGGUUGUCAGAGAACGACGUGGUCUCGCCAAACUUUGUCAACCGCAACCCCCGCAACCUGGAGAGGAUGGCAGUGGCUCAGAGGGACAAGGGCUGGUCCCGGUCACAUCCCAGGAAAAACUACUGGCACAAAUUGCAUUUUGAGAAAUCCAACUGGCACACCCGGGCCUACAUCCAGCACUACAACGGCAACGUCGUUAUCAGCGCCUCCACUAAGGAGUGGGCCAUCAAGAAGCACUUGUACAGCACGGCAGACGUGUCCGCCGCGGAGAACAUCGGCCGCAUCCUGGCCCAGAGGUGUCUGGAGUCAGGCAUCAGCUAUGUGCACUGCGAAAUUGAUUCUGAAACAAGAUCUUACGAACGGGUAAUCGCAUUUUUGAACGCACUUUGUGACGGAGGCAUGGUGCUGAGCGAGCCUAAACCCAUCAGGAACUUCCGGGAACCUGUUGACUACUUUCCAGAGGACUACUGAUGCUGGGGAGGUGGAGUUUUGGGCAAAGUAGAUAAAAGUGUAAAAAGAAGGCAUUUCUCUGGGGUUGUUUCUCUCUGGGCAGGAGGCAAAAUCUGAAGGGAUUUGAGCAAACUUCCAUAAGAUCUUCCUUAGAUACAGUUUGAGGAAGUAUUAUUUGUUGCAUUUUACAUGCAUAAUUGAACGUAUGUAAGUUGUUAAUAGAUCACUACAUGUAUAAAGAUGGGAGUGGCGUAUUUUAUUAGAAUCAAUAUUUAUUUCACAAGAUUACAGACAUGUAGGAGCAUUACUCAAGGAGUCAGCAUUUAGUCAAAGUGGGGUAGCAUAAAUUUUACUUGUUUCUUGAAGUUUGUGCGAUGCAAAAAAUAGCAAGUCUCAAUUGCAAACCUUGUGGUUUUUCUUAUUGUUUACACUAACAAUUUCUGUGGGUCAGAUCUGUUGAAGGCUUGGGUUGGGCCUGGAUAAUAUUUUGUAUUGUCUCCAGAGUUUUCUUUCAGAAAUAAAAAAUACAUAAACUUCAAA